UGAUGAUUCUCGCGUCUUUCCGUGGGAAUUAACACCAAAAUAAGAAGGAUGAAUGUACUAGUUUAUAUUCGUCCUUGUCCCUGAGAGCUUGACAGCGUGAGAAUUUUGCCUUGCUCUUCCUAUUUUAGCUGUGAUUACUUCCGUUAAUGGGGGUAACUGGUCUUUGGAGGCUCAUUGAGCCUUCUGGACAACCAGUACCAUUGCAGACGCUCGAUAAUAAGGUUCUAGCGGUGGAUGUGUCCAUUUGGUUGCAUCAGGCGAUUAAGGGAUUUCAAAACGCGCAAGGCGGAACGCUACCCAAUGCUCAUCUUUUGGGAAUUUAUUACCGAAUUUGUAAAUUACUCUUUUUUGGAAUCAAACCCGUCGUUAUUUUUGAUGGAGGAGUCCCGAGUUUAAAACAAGAAACAAUUUACAAAAGAGCCAAUAAAAGGGCGAAGAACUUAAAUGAAGCAGAUACUAUCCAUAAACAACUAGUCUCGGCUCUUUUAAAACACACUGCGAUAAAUAAAAUUCUCUCGGAAGAAUCAAAAAUUAAUUUAGUUAUAAAUUCGGCAAAGGAAAAAGGAGAAGACUUAUACAAGCUACCGCCUACAGACUUCGAGUCGACAGUCUCCGAGGAAGAGUCAACAACUUCUGUCGACUCAAGUCCCACCAAGCACUGGGAUUUGCACACGAUCGAUGAAAAGAGCGUCCAUUUUAAAGCUUUACCGGCCGAUGUACGACACGAUAUACUUACCGACUUGAAGGAAACAAGGAAACAGUCGUCAUGGGGUAGACUACACGAACUGCCGAAGAAAAGCGACGAUUUCUCUGGUUUUCAAAUGAAACGUCUUUUAAAGCGAUAUUCCGUGCAGGUUUCACUCGAAGAGGCCGAGAAGGAGAUGGGCGGGCGGUCACUUUCUCUGGCCGAGCUUGAAACGCUUCUCAAUGAUCAAGGAGUUAUAACUGGUGACUCGGUGGGAAAACACAUUGCGUCUGAUGAGAGUAAGAAGUAUUUACUAAUCAAAGACUUGAAGAAAGCGAUAAAUGAUGCAAAACGAAAUGCUGAAGUCACCACUUUAGAAAAUGUUCCCAAAGAGGAACAGACCAAGGAAGAGAGUACAAAAGAAAACCCGACUAAGGCAGAUAAAGAGUUCGAAGAAGAUUUAGAGUUGGCAAUUCAGCUGUCACUUCAAGACACUCCCUCUACCUCCCAAGAGACCUCAUCGAGCUCACAAAAAGGCUGCAAACAAAAACAGAGGAAGCGCAACAAUUUUUCCUUUCUUCAAGACUUCGACGAUGCCGAUUUUCCAAGUUCCAGUGAAUCUGAAGAAGAUUGCAGUAAACCGUCAAAUGCGAAUAAGGUUUUAGACUCUGUUAAAAACUACAUGGUCGAGUAUAGUGGACUAACCCCUAACGAAGUUGCAAAAAUUAUGAGUGGGGAAGUAACUGCCAAUAAGAGUGAGAAACCGAAAUCCGCCCUAAAUGACGAUGCGGUUAUCGUCCAAAACUCAAAAUUACCUAGUGUUACUAUAGAAGUAGACGAGCACAUUACAAUAGAAGAUAAUGGUAGCUCCGAUUCACCAGAAGAAUUAGUUGAAGAUGAACACGCCAAAGAAACUCCCAAAGGAGAUAUGACGCAUUCAUUUGAAAUUGUAAGUAAAUCUGUCGAAGACGUGCCGCAAGAGUCGGCGAGCGCGAAAUUACCAAGUACUACAGUGGAAGUAGAAGAGGGACCAGUUGACGGUAAAGCUGCAGAAUUUGCUUAUGAUGUUAGCUCAGAUUCUGCUGAAGAAUUCGUCGAAGUGGAAGAAACACCGAAAGAAGACACGAAGAAUUUGUUUGAAAUUGUUAUACAACCAGAGAAAUCUGUUGAAGAUGAUCUUUUUAGUGAUGUAUUUUCUUCAAAUGAAGUUUCUGCAAAUAAGAAUCUGCCAGGAAAAGUAAAUUUAAAGAAAUUGACAGCGCCUUUACCAGUUGAAAGUGAGGGAGAUAGAAACCAAGGUGCAAAUGAAGCAACCACGAAUCAAGUGCAGGAUGAUCAUACUGUACAGAGUCGAGUAACUUCGGAAGAACUAAGGGAAAUUAGGCAGGAUUUAGAAGAUCAAAAUAUAGAGUUACUAACAGAUCAGUUGACAAAAGAGCGAAUGGCAAAUAGUCUGUCCGAGCAAAUUGUGCAGGAAACUCAGGACUUACUCAGACUGUUUGGAGUACCGUAUAUUGUUGCCCCCAUGGAAGCCGAGGCGCAAUGUGCUUUUUUGGAAAUUAUUAAUUUGACCGAUGGUACCAUUACUGAUGACAGUGAUAUAUGGUUAUUUGGGGGCAAGACUGUUUAUAAAAAUUUCUUUAAUCAACAGAAGCAUGUUAUGGAGUUUCGAGCCGAAAGGAUUCAAGAACAUUAUAAGUUAACACGUGAGCAAAUGAUACUGCUCGCCUUACUAGUGGGAAGUGAUUAUACUAUAGGGAUUCAAGGAAUUGGGCCGGUAACCGCCUUAGAGAUCCUUGGCGCUUUUCCGCCUCCAAAAAAAUUACUCGAAAAUAGUUACAACUACCAACAACUAGCAGCCGGUCUGGAGGAAUUUCGCAAAUGGUUAUGUAAGGAAAAGGUCGGCGGAUUAGGACGAACUGGACUGCGAACCAAACUGAAAAAUGUUGCUAUAAACGAAGGUUUUCCUAACCUUAAUGUAAUAAGAGCGUAUUUGGAACCGAACAUUGAUUCCAGCGGUGAAGCUUUCUCAUGGGGGAAACCGAACGAACGCGCUUUGGUCGAGUAUGCGAAAAGGAAAUUCGGAUGGCCGCCAGAAAAAAGCGAAAACAUCUUGAAACCAGUAUUGAAAAAGCAAAACGAGACGCAAUCGCAAAAAUCCAUUAAAGACUAUUUUAAAACGAAACAUAAAAUUACUGGAGGAGACAUUGAAAAUAAAAUGAGUAAACGAGUAAAGCGGGCUGUCGAUACUAUCGAAAACGGCGACAAAGAAGAGAAAAAGAAAAGGCAGAAACGUAAACAGCGAAAAACUCCCGAGGAAAAUGAUCACUUAUCUUCCGACGAAGAUGUACAAGCGUUGAGAAAGUCAAAAGCCCAAACGAGAACGAAGGUAAAACAAAUUCGGGAUGAUAUUGAGAAGCAAGUGGCGGUUACCAAGGCGCAACUCCACAAAAAGGAGGUCAUUCCUCAAAAGCAAAGGGACAAGGCGGACGCACUCAGAAGUAAAAUAAAGGCGAUUGAAGUAUUUCGAAAGUCGAGAAAGGGACCCGGUUAUGUCGAACCGAGGAAGAUGAAAAAAAGGGCGGCAAAAGAAGAUGCUGAACUGUCAGAGAGUAGCAGUGAUUAAAUGUAUGUUGUACUUAAAUUAUACACAUUUUUAAUUGUCGUCAACUGCUCAGUUUGGAAAGCCUCGCUGAAGAUACUUAUAGUGGAACAUGAAAAUUGAACAGAUAGUAUUAGUUUUUUACAUUUGUUAUAAGUAAAUGGCUGUAAAUAAUUACAAUAAAUAAUGGAAACACG